GGUGUAUGGAACACUUUUUUUAAAACAAUAAUUACACAACAAAACGAAAAUAAAGAAAUCGAGUUACGCGUAAAUACAGGAAACACGAGGAAGUAGUCGACCAAACAGAUAAAGACUGAUAUUUUUGUUAUAUCACAGAUAGCAAUAUGCGUGUGAAAAUGCAUGUGUUGGGUGCGGUGACUGUGAUCUUGGUGGUGUUUCAGAACCGCGCGUGGGGCAGGAAAGGGGCUAAGAGCGUGUACGAGGAGCGGACCGCCAUGAGCAGCCUCAGCCUAGUGGUGGCGAGGGAGAUCCUGCAGCGCAUGGAGGAGACGCCCAUGUUGGCACGCUUGGCCAGGGACUCCAUGGCUUUCCAGGUGUCAGCUUUGGCUAGGGAUUCGCUCAAGCUCGGCCUUAUGGCUUACAUGGGUUACCAGGGAGAGGACCAGUGCCUGGAGAGGACAGCCUGUGAAGCUGGCGAACUCCUGAGCACCUUCACCACGGGCGCCGCCUUCAUGUUCACUGCCCUGGACUACGUCGCCCCUUUCCCCCUGCGCCGGUACCUCAGCGUGGCUAGGGACGCAGCAGAAGGCCAUAGUUGCCUCUAUUACAGAUGCGGCGCUCGACCUCACCGAGAGCUGGGCGUGACAGAGACGAAUGAACUGGAAUAGUCUCUCGUUCUACCCAUCAUUACUACUAGUAGACGGUGAACCCAUGAGUUUUUGCUACCAGAUCCUAAGUUUAGUUCCCCUGCAGUGCUGCCAGAACCACCCAGUGUCUCUGCAGUGUUACCAGAAUCGCCUAUCUCUCCUGCAGUGCUACUAGAACCAGCCAUUAUCUCGGCAGUGUUAUCAGAACCGCAUAGCUUCUCUGCAAUGCUACCAGAACCACCUACAGGACAAAUCAGAACCACCCCAGUACCUUUGCUAAUUUCCCGCCUCUUAAAAUCUUUCUUCACCACUGAACAUUAUCAACUGCUGCUACUUCUGUUACAUCACGUGACUCUGUGCUGCAUGUGAACACUUUUUUUUUGUAUGGAUUUUUUUUAUCAAUGUUGUGUAAUAUAUAUAUCUUGAAGAUUUUUUAAACUAAUUUUUACUUGUGUUUACUGUAGUUACGGGAAUAUUUUAGAUAGAUGAAGACAGGCUUUUUUUAAAAGUCUUUGAUCUUGGGACUCAAUAACAUUUAAAAUGACUAAAAAUAUGAAGUUGGUCCCCUUAUAUUAGGCAUAAUUAUCGU